AUGCCUAAGUCGAAGGAACUUGUGUCUUCAAGCUCGUCUGCCAGUGAUUCAGAUAGUGAAGUUGACAAAAAGGCAAAGCGGAAAAAGCAAGCAGCUCCAGAAAAGCCUGUAAAGAAACAAAAGACUGGUGAAAGUUCAAAAGGUGCAGCUUCUUCUAAGCAAAGCAGUAACAGAGACGAGAAUAUGUUUCAGAUUGGCAAAAUGAGGUAUGUCAGUGUUCGUGACUUUAAAGGGAAAGUCUUAAUUGAUAUUAGAGAAUAUUGGAUGGAUCAAGAAGGUGAAAUGAAGCCUGGCAGAAAAGGUAUUUCUUUAAAUCCAGAACAGUGGAACCAGCUGAAGGAACAGAUUUCUGAUAUUGAUGAUGCAGUAAGAAAACUGUAAAGACAGAGCCAUACAGAAACUUUUAUCAUUUAGUUGUUUUGAGCGGUCUUUUUACAUUGGCUUUUGUUUUCUAAAAUAUUGUUUUCCAAGCUAUUGUAUAUUUGGAUUGCAAAACGAUUUGUAAGAUGAAUACUUUUUUUAUGUGCAUUAAAAGUGUAUUCUGAGUGAGGCUAUUUGUGUAUACUUUACUAAAAGGAAAUGUGUUGCUUUCACCUCAUGGUGUAAAAUAAACAAAUCAAAUAAUAUGUAAAGCA